AUGGCUGAACUACCCGCAGCGCGAAUCACCGCAGCCCGACCAUUCUCAUCGACUGGUGUCGACUAUUGGGGACCGAUUUCUUUAAAACCACCCCAUCGAAGGGCUGCACCUAUUAAGGCCUACGUUGCAGUUUUCGUGUGCUUCGCAACGAAAGCUGUGCACCUUGAAUUGGUGGGUGACCUGAGCACUGCCAAAUUUAUUGAAGCGCUUCGCAGAUUCGUCUCUCGUCGCGGAUUGUGCGCCGAAAUCUACAGCGACAACGGACGCAACUUCGUAGGAGCAGCCAACGAACUGCGUCAAAUAUUGCGAAGCAAGGUUCACCAGCAAACAAUCGCCCGCGACUGCGCCGACAAUGGAAUCCGUUGGCAUUUCAACCCCCCACGAGCAUCACAUUUUUGUGGCCUAUGGGAGGCCGCAAUAGCAUCCGCUCAAAAGCAUUUCGUUCGAGUACUUGGAACGCACACUCUACCCUACGACUCGAUGGAAACCCUGCUAGCGCAAAUCGAAUGCUGUCUCAACUCUCGUCCUCUCGUGCCACUGUCUGACGAAUCGACCGACUUAGAAGCGCUAACCCCAGGCCAUUUCCUCACUGGAGCCGCUUUGAAGGCUGUCCCGGACAUCGAUGUCACCGAGAUUCCCUUCAACCGACUUCGCCAGUGGCAGCAGACACAAAAACUGUAUCAGCAGUUGUGGAAACGAUGGCAUUUGGAAUACCUGUCCACGCUACAAUCUCGUACGAAAUGGUGCGACCCUCCUGUGCACAUAAAAAAGGACCAGUUGGCAGUCAUCAAAGACGAAAAUUCCCCGCCGAUGAGCUGGCCGACUGGAAGAAUCAUCGAGCUUCACCCCGGUGACGACGGAACAACGCGUGUCGUCACUCUUCAAACAUCCAACGGCCGAUAUACUCGACCGGUAUCCAAAAUUUGUCUGCUGCCAAUCUCAACAGCAGCAGAAAACCAAUCACCACCCACCACAGCAUGA